AUGGCCCAGUUUGUCUGUAACCUCAUAGAGAAGGCUCCAGUGCUGGUCAAUGCUGCCGUGACUUACUCAAAGCCUCGAUUGGCCACAUUUUGGCACUAUGCUAUGGUUGAGUGGUUCCUCCAACCCCUCCUGAGAUCCCUACAGCUAGCUAUUCAGAGCUUGAAAAACAUUAUCAAUAGUGCUCAAACUGUUAGCUUCAAACAGCUCACAGUUAAGGAAGCUCUACUGAAUGGUUUGGUGGCCACUGAGGUGUGGAUGUGGUUUUAUGUUGGCGAGAUCAUAGGCAAGCAUGGCAUAAUUGGCUAUGAUGUUUGA